GGGACGCAGGCAAGUUUACUUCAGAGCGGAUCGUCCUCGUUGCUCAAAAACGCGCUGUGUUCGAACUUGAAGCACUGCUGCCACCUGUUGUAUAAACAGUGCUAUUGCAGCUUUGGAGGACCAACACCGAGCACGCUACUCGAAGCGUCCAGCAGGCGGGGCUACAUCGCCAAGUAGGGCGCGCGGGCGACCGCAGUGGGCGGGAGCUGGAGUCUGAUUGGCUCAACUGGUGUCAGUCAAACUCUCCGCUCGAUAACAAACUGGCUGGUUAGCGAGAGGAGAGAAAGCUAACUAGCCGAGCAGCCGACGGUUGCUAGCCAGUCUCUCGCAUAGCAACGGGAGGCUGAUGAUCCAAUAACGUGUUUGGGUUUAAAUGUCGGAGCUGGGCCGCCGAUAACAGGAGACCUGGACGAACCUGGGCAGUGUGGGAGAAUGGUGGUUCCGGACAGUGGGAACGUGGUCCAGCAGGCAGACAAUGGCAGCACCAGCGGGCUCAUGGCGAGCGCAGAGCCGGGGUUCGAGGUGGAGCAGGACAUGGCCGAGGUGGAGCUGCAGGAGGUGCGCAAGCUGCAGGAGCUCGUGCGGCGACUGGAGGUUCAGAACCAAAGCUUGCGGAACAGAGGGAACAAACAUCAUCUCAGGGGCACCAACAGCAACAUAAACGAGAGGACACUGUGUGAAGAGAUCACGAGCUCUGCUGUCCAGCCCGAGGAUGGAGGCAGCCUCACGGGCAGAGACUUUGAGCGAUCCCCGCCUCACAGCAGCAGCAGUGAAGAUAUGUCUCCGCUCCCCGAAGCUGCGAGGCUGGAGGAUGAAGAGGAGGAGCCGGGACGGUUCUUGAGUCUUCCGUGUGGUGCAGGGCUGGAACAAACGCAGGGACAAACUCAGGCUAGUCCCUCUCCCAACAGCUAUGAUUCAGAGACGCUCGGCGGGAGCGACGUGGGCAUGGACCAGUCUGCUCUGGACGAGGUGGAUGUGCUCGACUUGGAGGACUGUGUUGAGGAUGAAGACAGCUGGUUGUAUGUGUCACCAAAGAAGCAGGUGCUGGCAGAGCAGGGCCCAGAGUCUCCACUGAAAUGGUGCAGGAAGGUGCUGGAUCACCCAAGUCCUGAGACUGAGGUGGCCUGCAGGACGCUCAUCAGCCGCCUGGACCAAACCUCGAGAUGGAGGAACGUGUACUGCAGCCCAUCUCAAAGCUCGGCAGGCUCAGCAGCUGAGGCUGGUUCCUCAGGCGCCCCUCUGCUCUCUCCUGGGUACCACAAAUCAACUAACAAAUCCCUACUAACCUGUGGCAGCUCAGGUUACGUGGGCAUGCACUCUGCACUGAGCUCACAAUCCUCCAUCGACAGUGAGCUGAGCACGUCAGAUGACUCCAUCUCUAUGGGCUACAAGCUGCAGGACUUGACCGAUGUACAGAUAAUGGCCAGGCUACAAGAGGAGAGUUUGAGGCAGGACUACGCCUCUAGCUCUGCAUCAGCCUCGCGGCGGAGCUCCACGGCCUCCCUGCAGUCUCUGAGACGGGGCACGCACAGCGAUCAGGAGUUCGACUCCUACAGCCUGGAGGAUGGCGAGGACGACUGCUCGUCUCUGCCCCAGCGUCUCCACCGCUACUCCCCUUCACCUCGCGCCUCGCCCCGCUGCCUGUCGCCCAGCACACUGGCUGAGUACAGCCGCCUGGCGGCACCUCGCACUCGCACACCCAGACGCUCCCUCCAAGGCUCCGGGCCAGAACUCUUCAAGUUCGCCAAGAGUGAGGAGGAGUUAAGGCACAGCAUGCCUAACUUGGCCCCGCGCACAAGCCUUCGUUCCUUGGAGGCAGUCAGAAACAGCCGCAGCAUGGAGGCUAACCUGCAAAGUUCAGGCAACCGCAUGUCCCGCCUGCCCCAGUCCCCCACAGGUGUAUCCUCUAGCCGAAUGAGAGGCAGUGGCCAGUCACCCCUCUCCUUGCGGGCUCCCAUGAAAGCUCUCAGCCCAGUGGGCUCCAUGGCUGCAGUUCGACAAAAUGCGAAAGGGCCCCCCGGAACUCAGGGAAGUCCUGCGGCAGGAGUGCGGAGAGUGCAGUCUCCGGGGCCUGCGAACGGAGGAGCUUACGCAGCAUGUAGGACUGCUGCCAUUGGGCCCAAGCAAACUCCAGGCAGAGGCGUGGCACCUGCAACACCUUCCUCCAGAGGCAGGCUUGCCCAGGCCCCAAGGAGUCGGUCUCUGGGAAUGACGAAGACCUGUGCUCCGAUCGCAGACGAUUCCUGGAAGGAUGGCUGUUACUGAGGCCUCCACCGUUCUCCCUCACUCUUUCCUAGAAAACAUCAAAAUCAAGUCACCGCUGCCUCUGAUAACACGGCAGAAUGGAUCCCCCUAAGAACCAGAAGGACACUAACACACUAAGCCCAGAACGUUUUACCACAGCAUGAAUCCUCUUACCCCACUGCCACGCUAGCCAGAGGAAAGAUGACGCAACAACUGCAAGAUUACAGUUUGCUUCUACAGACUGUUAAAUAAGUUGUGAUUAUUUUUGUUUUUAAAUGGUCGAUCUGCUUUAUUUUUAUGAUAACUGGAGAAGCUGCUGGAACAAUAGGCAUUUUAGUGUAUGUUGUCUCGUAAUAACAUGGAACAUCCGUUACGUUGUUUUAACUACUAAGUCUGGAAUUGAGUUCCUAGACCCUUUUUUUCCCCCCAAUAACUUGAAGUGAAUGCUGUGUAUUUGUUCUUCCAGGAAAUUAAAAAAAAGUGUAUGGUUUCCAUACGGACUGUUUCAAA